AUGUCAAAGAAUGUUGUAGCUCAAUCUCCUCUCCAGAGAAAUAGCUUAGCUUCACUUGACCAAAAGCUGGCCAUGGCAAAGCGCUGCUCUCAUGAAGGAGUAGUUGCAGGAGCUAAAGCAGCUGUUCUUGCUACCAUUGCCACUGCCAUUCCAACUAUGGCUAGUGCAAGGAUGUUGCCAUGGGCAAGAGCCAAUCUGAAUCACACAGCUCAAGCUCUCAUAAUUUCAACUGUUGCUGGAGCUGCAUAUUUUAUAGUUGCUGACAAGACUAUUCUUGCCACUGCAAGAAAGAACUCCUUCAAGACUCCCUCUAACAUGAAGGCAUGA